UCGUCUGCCUGUGGCUAUGAGGUUCAGCUAAAUGACGCUUCUUUAGUGCGGAAAGGCUGCAGAGAUAACAGAGACGGCAGUGUUCUCUGAAUGGCUGACAACCACACAUCAGGAGCCGACAAGAAGGACUCUAAUGGUUCUUUAUUGGAUCCUAAGAUUUAUGGGCCUGAUGAAUGUAAAGAAGAGGAGUCGGGAGACCGAAACCUAUGGCCGAGAUCCCUGGCUCAAAAAUGGAUCGUGAUGCUGUUUAUGGGCACCUGCUUCCUCUAUUGUGCGCGGAUGGCCAUGCCUGUCUGCGCCAUCUCAAUGGCUGCUACGUUUCAUUGGAGUAAAAUCGAUUCUGGGGUGGUUUUGGGUGGAUUCUUCUGGGGUUACUGUCUCACACAGAUCCUGGGAGGACACGCGAGUGACAGAGUGGGAGGAGAGCGUGUCCUGUUCUUCUCUGCAUCAUCAUGGGCUCUGAUCACAGCUGGCACUCCUCUGCUGGCCCAUCUUGGCUCUCACACCCUGGCUCUCAUGACUGUGGCCAGGUUUCUCAUGGGGAUAUUACAAGGUGUUUUUUUCCCAUCUUUGGCCAGCUUGUGCUCACAGCGUGUAGUGGAAGGGGAGAGAGGGUUUUUAAUGAGUACAUUGCAAAGCGGUACACAUCUUGGAACAUUGUUAGCGGGUGGGUUGGGGACCCUGAUGCUCGACAGCUAUGGCUGGGAAAGCAUGUUCUACAGUAUCGGUUUCCUGUCCGGACUCUGGGCUCUCAUUGUUUGGUGGUGUUUACUAAAAGGUGAACUUACCCCCAAGAUGAUGGAAACAAAGAAGAACUCAGAGUGGAGUCUGUCGAGAAUACCCUGGCUGACCCUUUUUAAGAAGCCGCCUGUCUGGGCCAUGGUGUUUGCUCACAUGUGUAUGUGCAGCACAUCCUACACACUGUUAUCAUGGCUGCCAACAUACUUCAAAGAAUCAUUUCCUCAUGCCACGGGAUGGGUCUAUAAUGUUGUUCCAUGGCUAACUGCAAUCCCAUCAGCACUUGUUGGAGGAUACGUUUCAGAUUUCCUCAUUAACCGAGGAUAUGGUGUAGCAUCUGUGAGAAAGAUAAUGCAGUUUAUUGCCAUGGGAGUAUCAAGCAUGUUUAUUUUACCUCUCUCUGGAGUUGUCACAUUUCCUGCAGCUGUGACUUACAUUUGUGCUGCUGUGGGUCUCACCACCUUCACCAGCGGUGGUGUUUCUGUGAAUGUACAAGAUCUGACACCAUCGUGUGCAGGUGCCCUGUUUGGUUUUAUGAAUAUGAUGGGCUCUUUUAUGGGGGUGGUGCUGGUGUCCUUAUCAGGAUACCUGAUUGAAGUCACACAGUCAUGGUCUGUGGUCUUUGCCCUCAUCACUUUAGUAAAUGCCACGGGUCUCGGUGUCUUCCUCAUCUUUGGAGGUGCUCGCCGUGUGGACCUAGUGGAGUAUUCCAGGAUUAUUGAGAUAUGACCCAGAGUAAUUUAUGAUUAUUACAUUUUUCAGAACAUGUUAGUCUUUAUUUAUUUAUUUAUUGAUGAAUCAGGUAAUACACAAUACAUCGCACAAAAAUAUUUGUCUGUAUGUAUGUUUGGCCAUGUUUAAAGUUCUACUUUUGGAUAGUUGCAGUGCAGCCUUUGAAUGGUCAGCACGUGUCCUUAGUUAUUGUGCAGUCCCCCCCCCCCCAAUUUUGUGUGCAUACCAGUUGAAAACUUUACGUCUAUUAGACAAAAUAAUUUUAGCCACUCUUACCAAAUAAUAUAUUAUAUUAUAUUAUAUUAUUAUUAAGCAGCAGAUUUAGUGUAUUAGAAAGUAGAGCAUCAGGAGGGUAUGUCAUAAUUUGUCACAAUAACCUGUCAGGUUAUUUAAACUUUUCUGAGAGGCAGCUGGACUCCUGGGCUGCUUUCAGGCUUUAAUAGAAAAUUUAAUAUGUGAUGGGAGACUUCGGCCAAUCACAGAUCUUUUCAGAACAGGUAACAAAAAAGUGUAUAUAAAAACAGGUAGAGUAUGCAUCAGAUGAAGGACUUUUACCUGGAAGAUCAGGGUUCAGGAUCAGGGUCUUGUCUAGUGGGAGGAGCUUACAGGAGGAGCUUCAGGUUAUCUGUAAUUCCUUUGUUUUGUUUUGUAUAAAUGUUGCAUACUUUAGUUUUAACAAGCAAUGAAGACCUCAUGUUAAACUUUAGCAGGACUAAUAAAAUGACUCUUUUAUAUGUAUUUAUAAUGACAUUAUAAAAAUCUUUAUUCAGGUGUUUUCAAUGGUGCUGUAAAGUUUGGGUUGUAAAAGUGUUUUAAAUGUUUAUACUUGAUCUGUGCAGUUGUUGAUAUUUAACAUCUACAAAAAAGUGUUUUGUUUUGUGGGUGUUUUUCCUGUUAGUUUCUAUUUAAAAUUUGGUUUUAUUUAAAACAUAAUAGUGGCUUUUUACUUUUGGUUUACAAUAUUAUGUGUUAAGUGGAUUCAGCUGAUUUUAAUAAUGUGUCAUUUGGUUUGUAAAAAUGUUGCAGUACCUUUUUGAAAGCAUAUGCUUGUAUAUGAGACAUGAACUUUUUAUCUUGUAAAAAAAAAGUGACAUGAAAAAUAUUUUUUUAAUGUGUGAGGCUUAUAUUGGUAAAGGUGCACAACAAAAGUCCAC